UAAUGUAAGGGGGGAUGCUGUCUGCUAUUUCCACUUUUCCAUCAAUAAAAGCUAGCCGAUUCAAAUUACUGAAUUAAAAAGACAAAAGGAAAUAAUAUUCUCAAGGGGGCAUUAGUCCAGAAUACAAUUAACAUGGCAUCGAAAUGUCCUAAAUGCGACAAGACAGUUUAUUUUGCGGAGAAGGUGACAUCUCUGGGGAAAGACUGGCAUAAGUUCUGUCUGAAAUGUGAGCGUUGUAACAAGACCCUGAACCCAGGGGGCCAUGCUGAGCAUGAUGGAACUCCGUACUGCCACAAGCCAUGCUAUGCUGCCCUCUUUGGACCAAAAGGUGUGAAUAUCGGAGGUGCUGGCUCUUAUGUCUACGAGGCGCCUGUCAAUGAUACCCCUGCCAGCGUUUCCACGGAAACAGAGGCCAAACCUGAGGAGAAGAAAUCUCAUGCCAGAGGCCCAGUGAAGGCCGCAAGCUUCUCAACUUUCUCUGGAGAACCCAGUAAAUGCCCAAGGUGCAGCAAGACAGUGUAUUUCGCUGAGAAGGUGACGUCCCUGGGGAAGGACUGGCAUCGACCCUGUCUGCGCUGUGAGAGGUGCAGCAAGACCCUGGCCCCAGGCAGUCACGCAGAGCAUGAUGGGCAGGCCUACUGCCACAAACCGUGCUACGCCACCCUGUUUGGGCCCAAAGGGGUGAACACUGGAGGUGUAGGAAGCUACAUCUACCAUGAACCCAGCACUGAGGCAGAGACUGAGGCCCAGCCUUGAGAUUACCCAU